AUGCAAUAUAUUGAAUCAUUACCAAAUGAUCGUUUUGUAUUAAUUAUUAAUGAUUGUCUAAGAAAAAAAUUUAUUUCAAAUGUACAUCAUUUACGACAACGAUGGAUUAAACAAUAUCCAAAAAUUAAAAGUUUUAUUGUUAAAUUCGAUGAAUUAAUAUCACAAAUACGUUCUUAUCAAGAACAAUCUAGUCAAAUAAAGAUAAAUGAACCAUUAUCAAUAAAAUUUUUUUGUAAAAAUAAUGAAUUGAAUGAUAAUUUUAUUUAUUCACAAUUAUUAAAUGAUUAUCUUUUACAGAUUAAAUCAAUAUCAAAUCGUAAAAAUGAGUUAAAUCUUAUAGGUAAAUUUGAAAAUGAUUGUCCAUCUAAUCGAACAUUAUGGUGGUAUACAAGAGAAACAUUUAUUUAUCAUUUAUUAAAUAAAGCCUUUCGUAUACAAAAUAAAAUGUUAAUUCUUUCUUUUUCUAUUCUUAUUCAUAUAUCUACGAACAAAACAAUGACAGCAACACAAAAUAGUAUAGAACAAUCAUUCGAAUGUGGUAUAUGUCAUGAUUAUUUAACGGAAGUUCGUGAAACUUCAUGCUGCCAUCAACUUUUCUGUUUUACUUGCAUACAACGAUGGCUUAAUCAAGGUGGAAGUUGUCCACAAUGUAAGUCAACAUCUCUUACUGAAAAUACACUCCUGAAAAAUGUUGUGUUACAACGUAUUGUCGACAAUAUUGAACUUGAUUGUCCAUAUGUAUUAGCAGGUUGUUCAGCUAAAGUACCACCAUGUGAUCUAGAAAACCAUAAACAAUUAUGUCCAUAUUCAACAGCAAAAUUAGCUGAUAAACAACAACAAAAAUUACAAAAAUCAAUAGCUUUAUUAAAUCAAUAUACUGAAACAGCAAUACCUGUAAGUGACAGCGAUUUGUACGAUUUGGCCAAAGCAUUACAUGAACAAUAUGCCUAUGCUGAAGCUCGAAAAUGUUUUGGAAAGAUGAAAAAAAAAAAUAGUUCAUUAGAAAUAGUUAUUCUACAAGCACACAUCGAACGAGACGAUGGUAAAUACACAGACGCCUUGAGAUUAUAUGAUCAAGCUUAUGAUAUGACAACAUCGCCUUCACAACGGAUCGAAUUACUUCUAGCAAAAAAACGUAUGUUUAUUACAGUACCCGACAAAAGUAUCCCCCCAUUGGAUCUCAGUCAUAAU